GGGCACACUGGAUAUACCUCCACCGGCUCGACCCUGCCAUGGGGCGGUGCUGCGUGUCAACCUUGGUGCUUCCUUCGUGUGUGCGUUUCGUUGGAGGCCAUUUCGGACUCAAACGUACGCGUCCCGCACCGUCUAGCACCGCAUCGACCUCUCAAUGGGAUGCCACGCGAGCAAAGUGCAAGAUGAGACCUGCGUGACAUGGAAGGGGGACGCGCCGCUCCCGCCGAUGAGAAGCACUCACCAACGGCAUCUCACGAAGUUUGAUAGCUUCCUGCAGAAGCUUGAUCAGAACAAGCUGGAUCAGUUGAUCCACCAGAAGCGUCGCACUCAUGCUCGCAGACAGGAGAAGAGAUGGAGCCAAAUGGAUGAUUCACUUGAAGUCUCCCUCAGCAUUUGAGCUCGCCAUAGUCCGGUCAUGCAUGGAUUCCGCAAAUUCAGUGUUUCCGCCUCCACAUCUACCUUGAGUCUCCAAUGACCCUUUUAAAUUUGCCUUUCCAAGAAAAAGAGGUUUUUGAAAGAAAGCACUCUUUUUUGCAUAUGUCACGAAAUGUUCCUUUUUUGUUUGUGCCCUGUCAGAUCCUCCUUAGACAGUGUCCUGAGACCUUUUUUCGGCGUCCAAAACGCGUCUUUUUGCGUCCAAAAGGCGUCUUUAAGUGUCCGUGCCGGACGCGUCCGGAUGAAGAUUCACUCUGCACCUUUUUUUGAGUCCUCAUCUCUAAAAACGCGUUUUUCGAGCAAAAACGCAAAAAUAUUAGACCAAAAACAAAAACGCAGAAAAAAAAGGUCUUUGGAGACUCAAGGU